AUGGCCAGGCUCAACGACCCCCCUGCGCCGCCACCUGAGAGCAUCGAUGCCUUAAAACGAAGAUUUAUCCGUCAAAACCGCGAAAUAGCGCGCGCAAACGCAAAUCAGUCACAACGAAUUCGCAACCUCGAAAUCGAGAUCUCUCGAAUAGCGGCCGACAAUCUCACACUACGAUGCGAAGUCAUUGCAGCACAAGCCGAGGCCGAAAGAUGGCGACAAGCGAACAUUGUCAAUCGUGACCUUUUGGAAUGGAAGGGUCGCAUGGAACAGGCACUGAAAGAAACAUUUUCACUGGUCAGCGAAGUGCCCCAAAUUCUCGAAAAGGCUGCAACAUCACGCUCAAGAAAGAGUGGGGUGGAAAAGUUGAAAACAACCAGUGAGGCUGAGUGGAAGACCAGGUCGGCGAUGAGGGAAGCUUUGGCUAAGGAGAAAAACGACGGCCUUGACGGAAGAUUGCCCGGUAUAGUGGAAGGGAAACUAUACCCCAGGCGGACUCUGGAACCCGCGGACGUGAUUGCAUUGAGAGACGAAGCAACUGCGCAGGACUCCACCGAGUCACCCGAUCUGGGUCCCCCACCGGUCGCACAUUUUGACGUGCAAGACCCGAUCAAGUUUGACACCUCCAGACAAUCCGAGCAAGCAAGUGCAGAUGAUGUGUCGCAGCUUCCUUCCACACUGGAAAGAAGACGAAGGCGAAGGACAAGUGCCUUGUUACAAGACAUGUCGAAAGAAGAGGAUUCGGUUGUUGAACAACCUGUCGAGACAACAACCUCUCCACUACUAAAGGCCGGAGCAAAGCGAAAAUUGGAUGCUUCAGAGCUUGAAGAACCCACCCGACGGCAGUCUAGCGAAAGUGAGGAAUUUGUCUUCCAGCGGAGGCAAGACCAAGCCGGCGGUCUGGCCGGAGGAAGGAAGUCAUCGAGGUUCGCGCGUCCACCAGGGCGAGAAAACGAUCUGGUGAACAUAAACCCAACUUUGUCACCCCAGAAAAACGUUGCUGGAAGGAAGAUCCUGGCUCCUAAAACGACAAAUUCCCCUGCAAAGCGAAAAGUUCAACUGGUUGAAAAGGUUGAAGCCUUGGAUGAUAGCCGAAAGGACGAUAUCCGACAAAUAGCGAAACCAUCCAGGAAAAUCAAACUUCCUCCGGCACUCGAGAAACUGGAAAGCUCCUACAUUCCCGUACGAGACGAGAGGGACGAUCUGCAGCCAAAAACGCCAGCAGCCCUUAGCGAAGAUAUACUUUCUCCCGUCUCAACCGAGCCAUCGGUCCGCAAUACACAUCAGACGAAAUCGGAAGCAGCCGUACUUGACUCCGUAGAAGAUGUCCUUAACGGGAGCAUCGGUCGGGGUUCUCGUCGAGCAAGACCUGCUAUCAGCUACGCCGAACCCAGCCUACGAGACAAGAUGAGAAGACCUGGAAAGGAGUUGGUUGGUGCCGUUGAAGGACUGGACAAGCAGCGGGAAACAACAUCCUCUCACUCCAGAGGAACCAGUUUGGACCCAGGACGAUUUGAAGGCGAGAAUGAAAACCAAGUCAGAUUGCCAGCCAACUUUAAGCAGGAGCGGAAUCCCCUAUCGGACAACAGAUGGAAGGAGCUUCCUCUCACGAGCAAGAAAGAAGAGCCUGCUAGUCCACUGAGGGACAAAGAGCGCAAAGAGAAGAUUCGAGAGAAACCGUCUCAUUCUAGCUCAAGAACCGAAACCGCUAGUGUUCCAAACGACAACGCCAGAACGCCUUCAUCGUCUUCAAUGCCAGCACCCAACCUCAUCAACAAUGACGGCCUGUACGCUGAAGACCUAAAGAAUGCCGUUGAGAGACUCAGUAUAUUCGACCCGCCCGUGUCCUCUCCGCUGGAAGACUCCAAAGAAUACAACGACAAAGACGCAGCAAAAGCAGUCCAAGCGGCAACAAGUUCCAGACGCAGAGUGUCCAAUAAUGCCACGCCCUCGGCCAACUUACUGAGCAGGAGACAUUCAAUGCAGCCGUCGUCGUCACUGUCAUCCUCGAACCCUAGCGACCCACCAAUAUCCUCGCACAGCCGAACCUCGCAAAGUGGAACGAAUGCCCCCGCCCCGCCACGUCCAUCCUCGGCAGCGAGCCUACACAACCACGCGCCUACAUCUACCGGCGCGAACAACGGUCUCAAGCGAUCGGCCAGCAGCAGUGCCAUGUCUUCCACGCGCCACGCCAGGGGAGGGGCUGGAAGCGGAAGUACUGGUGGAUCGUCCCGGCAACAGGAACCGCUGGCUUCGACUGCUGGUGCGGGUAGCGAAGAUACCAGGGGCGAGAGGACCGCGAUGACUAGGCGCAGAAGUCUGAUGGUGUAA